GUUCAGUCCCUUUUUAUUGCUACAGACGCUACCGGCAGCCUCCUUCACUGGGAGACCUGUCUGAAGUGGUUGAGCUCAAAGUGUACCUUGGCAGGGGCCCAAGGUCCCAGGGUUCAUGUUGAGACCUGGCAUCUCAGUGUGCGUUCAGACGACCCAAAGGCCUCCUAGGUCCUUCUGCCUCCACAGUGGGCCACAGACACCGUCUCCCAGUGGCCUUCGUAUAUAUUUGGUCCCUGCUGCUUGAAAGUAUUUUAAAACAGCAACCCCUCAAGAAAGUUCAUCUGCAGCAGUGGAGUUAGUUUGAGCAUGAAGGUAAGUGAAAAGAGACUGGGCUCUUUCAGGCUCUCAUACGCAUGCAGACCAUGUAGAGGGAGGGUAGUAUUCCUGGAGGGUCAAUCUCGAGUGUUGUACUCGAGGCUGCAGCAGGCUGGGCACCUGCAUGGCUGGUAGGGACUGUUUCAAGGCCACUUUGGGAACUGGGGAGUGUGCUGGGCUGGUUGGGGUGAGCACCAGCGCACAAGUGAGUGAUGGGAUGUCUGAGGACCUGUUUAGGGCAAGGGACACUGGGAAUAAAAGGCAGCUCUGACAGUCACUAAGCCCAGUCCUAAUGGUGUGGGAACCCCUUCCCUAUGUUAUCAAAUCCAAGCUGGUGCCUCACGCACAUGAAUGCCACUCCUAGGGAAGAGAGCCCUGUGGGGAAGGAGUGUCCCAUUUCCAAAACCAAACUGCAGCCCCAGUGUUAUUUCCUCCCAGUGUCAAGUCAGCAUGUGAGCCGAUAAAAAUCCCUGUGCUCACAUCCUUCCCAGAAAUGCCAGUCAAAACCCAAGCAGCUAUUCACCCAAAGUACCAAUUUUAUAGUUCUGUCUGUGUCUAUAAUCUAUUUACCAGCAUUCCUACUUCAGUAUGUGCCUGUUAAUAAGAUUAGUAAUUAAAAAGCUUGAUAGGAAUUGGCAAGCAUAGCUUCUCCGCCUUUCCCUCCCCUCCAAGCCGGGCUGGCGUGGAGUCUGAGGCAGGGCUGGCAGAGUACCUGAAGGAGUGAAGGCAGGAAGGCUGUGCUGAAACUUCUGCCUGCAAGCAAACAAUGGAGAAAUCCCGGCCGCUAUGGGACAAUCCUCUGCAGUUUGUUUUUGCCUGCAUUUCCUAUGCCGUAGGGCUGGGAAAUGUGUGGAGGUUUCCAUACUUAUGUCAGAUGUACGGAGGAGGUGGCUUUUUGAUCCCAUAUUUUAUCAUGCUGAUAGCUGAGGGAAUGCCGCUACUCUACUUGGAGCUGGCUGUGGGGCAGCGCAUGCGUCGGGGCAGCAUCGGUGCCUGGAAAAUAAUAAGCCCCUACCUCUGCGGCGUCGGUGUUGCCAGUGUCGUUGUCUCCUUCUUCCUCUCCAUGUACUACAAUGUGAUAAAUGCCUGGGCCUUCUGGUACCUCUUCCACUCCUUCCAGGACCCCUUGCCAUGGGCCACCUGCCCCCUGAACAGCAACCGCACUGGCUAUGAGGAGGAGUGUGAGAAGGCGUCGUCCACCCAGUACUUCUGGUACCGGCAGACCCUGAACAUCUCUCCGUCGCUGGAGGCCAGUGGGAACGUGCAGUGGGAGCAGGCACUCUGCCUGACACUGGCCUGGCUGGUGGUCUACCUCUGCAUCCUCCGUGGCACUGAGUCCACCGGCAAGGUUGUCUAUGUAACAGCCUCUUUGCCAUACUGUGUUCUCAUCAUAUACCUCAUCAGAGGAUUAACACUUCAUGGAGCUGUGAACGGGCUUGUCUACAUGUUCACACCAAAGCUGGAGCAGCUGUCGAACCCUAAGACAUGGAUCAGUGCAGCCACGCAGAUCUUCUUCUCGCUGGGCCUAGGCUUCGGGAGCCUCAUUGCAUUUGCCAGCUACAAUGAGCCCACCAACAACUGCGAGAGGCACGCCAUCAUCGUCUCGUUGAUCAACAGCACCACAUCCAUAUUUGCCAGCAUUGUAACUUUCUCCAUCUAUGGCUUCAAGGCGACGUUUAACUACGAAAGAUGUAUAAACAAGGUGAUCCUGCUGCUGCUGAAUGCUUUCGACCUGGAGGAAGGCUCUUUAACAGCAGACAACCUCAACGAGAUGAAAGACUACCUCAUGGCCACCCACCCACAGGAAUAUGCCCAAUUAUCGCCACAGCUUAAAAACUGCAGCUUGGAAGCUGAACUAGAUACGGCUGUCCAGGGGACAGGACUAGCAUUUAUAGUCUAUUCUGAAGCGAUCAAAAACAUGGAGGUGCCCCAGCUGUACUCUGUCCUCUACUUCGUCAUGCUGCUGAUGCUGGGCAUCGGCAGCAUGCUGGGAAACACUGCCGCUAUCCUCACGCCGCUGACUGACAGCAGGGUCAUCGCCACCCGCUUCCCCAAGGAGGUGAUCUCAGGUGUUGUGUGUUUCGUUAACUGUGUGAUCAGCCUAAUCUUCACCAUGGAGGCCGGAAAUUAUUGGUUUGACAUAUUCAAUGACUACGCAGCCACCCUCUCACUGCUGCUCAUCGUGCUGGUAGAAACCAUUGCUGUGUGUUAUAUCUAUGGGAUAAGAAGAUUUGAGAAAGAUCUUUACACCAUGAUUGGACGCAAGCCAAACUGCUACUGGAAAAUUAUGUGGGCUUUUGCUAGUCCUUUGCUAAUUAUAAGCCUAUUUAUAUUUUACCUCACUGACUAUAUCCUCACAGGAACGCUACAAUACCAAGCGUGGGAUGCCACACAGGGGCAGCUGGUGACAAAGGAUUACCCAAGCUACGCCCUAGCCGUGAUUGGGCUGCUGGUGGCGGCAUCCACCAUGUGCAUACCCCUGGGAGCACUAGUAACUUUUAUAAGGAAGAGACUGAAGAGGGAAAGGGUUUCAACUGUUGCGUGAACGCCAACAGCUGGAUUUGGGAAGACCUUACCCCCACCGUCAGUGACCGGGCACUUCUGGAAGACAGCAGCAACCCAUUAUUUGUAGCAGCUAUUUAUAGAGUUGAGAAUUGUGGAUGCUAUAUUGACCAAAAAGUGCUCUUAGGAGGUUCCACGAUGGUUUGGAAAAAAAAGCUCUUCUCUAACAAGAUGAAGCUUUAAAAUGGCCUCUGUAAGAGAGGGAAAACCAGAAGAGCAGCUCACAAAAUGCUAGCUAGUGCAUAUCAACCCAUUACACAACAUUAGGUAAUUCUUUUCCACUCUGUUGUAGCACUGCCUAUGUGGAAACAUGAGCAACCAACUAAGCAUGUUCCUGCACCAAAGUACCGGCAAACACCCUUGCCAUUCAAGAAAGCCACGCUUAAAGCAUGCAUGUUAUUUGAAAUGACAUCUGUAUUUCAUCAACAGAUGAAACUGUCAAAGUCUUCCAAUACAAAUGUGAUAGUCUCAUUCCUACAAGGGAAAAGUCAGUAGGAUGGUAUUUGAGAUCAAUGUGGCCAACACUGCUUCUUUCAUACGUGUGUCCAGCAAAGCAGUUUGUUUAUAUAUAUUUAUCUAUACACACACACACACACAUAUAUAUGAGCUGCAGAAGUUCUCUCACCUCCAGAAGAAGUAAACUUCCAAUUCCAGCAUGUAAUUGUGCACUGUGCUGUACUUUGUAUUUUCUAGGGAUGUGCUUCAAGUACACCAGAAGAAAUCUGUGAUAAAACGCUUUACAAGCCCCACCCAAACAAAAGUAUGCCAUAUCAUUAGCUCUGACAAAGUUCAUAUCCAGGUAUACUUUAAUCACAAGGUGUAGCAAUAACCCAGCAGUUCCACAGAACUGGUUAACUUCCCUAUGUGAGCAUUUUAUAAA